AUGCCACAAGAUAGCAUCAUUGUCAAGGAAACCCUUGAUGCCAAAGUCACUGAAGAAACCUCUGGAGAACGCCAUCUUAAUCAAUAUCACAUUCAGCGUGUAUUGGGUUCUGGCAGUUUUGGUAUCGUGCAUCUAAGUCUAGACGCGGACAGCAAUACUCUGGUAGCAAUCAAAGAAUUUAGUAAAAGUAAACUACGGAAACAGCAGGCAUUGAAGAAUGGCUUGUUUAUCGGUGCGUGUAGAGGACGUGGACGUGGGCGUGGCAGAGGUGCUGGUCCUGCAAAUCUGGCAGCUUCAGGAAAUAACCAUGCUAUAGUGGCCAAACCUGUUGAAAAUCCCAUCGAUCUAGUUCGUGGAGAAAUUGCUAUUCUCAAAAAACUUCGUCACCGCAAUAUCGUUAAACUAUACGAAGUUUUGGACGAUCCAGAUCAAGACUCGCUAUUUAUGGUAUUCGAACUGUGUGAAAAAGGCUCGCUUAUGGAUAUUGGACUGGACCAUCCUGCACCACCUUUGGAUAUAGACUUGUCUCGACGCUAUAUGCAAGAAAUGGUUUUAGGCAUUGAAUAUCUUCACGAGCACGAUAUUGCACAUCGCGAUAUCAAGCCGGAUAAUAUGAUGAUAUCAAAGGACGGCACUCUUAAAAUUGUCGAUUUCGGCGUGUCCGAAAUCUUUACAAAGGAUACGGGAACAGUUGUCAAAUCUGCAGGGUCUCCUGCAUUUUACUCUCCAGAAAUGUGCACUGCACGACAUGGUGAUUUGAGUGUCAAACCUGUUGAUAUCUGGGCUUUGGGCGUAACGCUGUAUUGCAUGAUUUUUGGUGUUUUGCCAUUUUCAGGAACUUCGCUACUGGAUCUCUACGAGAAUAUUCGCGUAAAAGAAUUGGACAAGAACCCUUUGACACGAAUUACAAUGGACGAACUCCGAGUUCAUCCAUGGUUGUCCAAUCACGGAAAGCAACCGUUGAUAACCAAAGAAAAAAACUGUGCAGAGUUGGUUCUUGCUGUCACUCAGACCGAAGUGGAUGCAGCUGUAAAACCUAUUCAUUCACUACUCACAGUGCUAAAGGCGGUUACAAAAUUGAAAGGGUUUGGAAAAAGCGGUGCUGCAAUACCCCAUCCGCCCACUGGAGAGAAUCACUCAAAAUAA